UACUAUGUUGACAAGUCUGUGACCUGGUAUGAAGCUCAACAAUACUGCAGGAAACAUUACACUGACCUGGCCACAUUUGAGAGCAUGGACGACAUAAAUAGGCUACAACCUCCUUUUAUCCAUUAUGGGGCAUGGAUUGGACUCUGGGAUGAUCCAAAUUCUUGGAAAUAUAAAAUAGGCAACAACUCCAACUCCUGGAGAUGGUCCACAAUCAGAGAAACAACCCAAACAAAUUACCAAAAUUGGCUUACCCCUAAUCCAGACUUCCAACGUUCAACAGAGACAUGCGCCGGGAUUUCGAAUGGAAAGUGGUUUGAUGUAGAUUGUGAUAAGGCAAGAAACGUUGCUUGUUACAGUGUUACAACACAAAAUGUGAAACAAUAUGUCUUCAUCCAAACUUCAACAACAUGGAGCUCUGCUCAAGCGUACUGCAGAACACACUACACUGAUUUGGCGAAGAUCGAGAAUAUGGCAGAAAACUCUGAACUCACUAAGACAAUUCCAGCUUGGUUUGAUACUUGGAUCGGUCUGUACCGAGUGCCGUGGAGCUGGUCUGACAAUAGCCGCAGCCUCUUCAAAAACUGGGAUUCUUCCUCCCCAAAUAACACUGGUGGUAAUCAGCACUGUGUUGCUGAGAAUGCUUUACAUCAGUGGGGGGAUGAAAACUGUAAUGUCAACAAAGUUUUCAUUUGCCAUCAAGUGGUAAAAAUGACAACCACAGUGAGACUGACGACUGUGACCGAUGUCGAACUGACCGAUCCAGCCAUCAACACCCAGGUCCUUCAGCAGCUUGGUGCCUUACUGACAAGUCAGGGUUGGACUGACUUAAAAAUGCAGUGGAAGACUCCGCCCAAGAAAAAAGAGAAUAAUGAAUGAAUGCACAG